AUGACCAAUGAUUUAUCCGUCCAAGAAAUUUGCGGUGAAAUGGCCAUUGACAGCAUAGGAGAAAGUGCAGAAAUUCAACAAUAUCAAACUGAACUUGAAAAUGAGCGCCCGGCGGUUCCGCCCGUGGUCGACUGCCAAGAGGUUCUAAUCAGUGACCUUUUUGUGGGACCCAUGCCGGAUCCCAACCACCUGGAUGCUGGUACUUUAACCUGUGAUACCUGUUCCAAGCGGUUCGACGAAUGGAAAAAGCUUCAACGGCACCUGGAGUGUCACCGGUCACAGAAAUUGAAGUGCGAUCAAUGCGGUGUGUUUCUGAAAUCUCGCUCCACAUAUACUUCGCAUCUGCAGCGACACAAAAACGUCGGCCGAUUCGAGUGUGAUUUGUGUAACAAAAGUUUCGCUGCCAAACGAGACCUACAAACGCAUCAUAAAGUUCACGAUGCAAUGGCCGAACGGUUUUCCUGUGAUAUAUGUGGGAAGGAUUUCGGGCGGAUCUAUUCGCUGCUUGACCACCAGAAGCUGCACAAUGGAGCGACAGAGUUUCGUUGCGACAAGUGUGGAAAAAUAUUUUCCAAACGGAGACAUUUGUUGCUACACGAAAGGUCACAUUUGCUGGAGGAAGAUGGACCUUAACGUAAUUAAAAUUUCGUUCACUGCCUACAUUCAAACAUACGACGACUUGUUUGUUAUUAAUUUAUGAUUUGAGUGCGUCUCUUGUAACUUUAUUAUAGUAGUAAA